ACCGACCGGCCAUGCGCGAGUGCAUCUCCAUCCACGUGGGCCAAGCGGGCGUGCAGAUCGGCAAUGCCUGCUGGGAGCUGUACUGCCUGGAGCACGGCAUCCAGCCCGACGGGCAGAUGCCCAGCGACAAGACCAUCGGCGGGGGGGACGACUCCUUCAACACCUUCUUCAGCGAGACGGGGGCCGGCAAGCACGUGCCCCGGGCCGUCUUCGUGGACCUGGAGCCCACGGUGAUCGACGAGGUGCGCACGGGGACGUACCGGCAGCUCUUCCACCCCGAGCAGCUGAUCACGGGCAAGGAGGAUGCGGCCAACAACUACGCCCGCGGGCACUACACCAUCGGGAAGGAGAUCAUCGACCUGGUCCUCGACCGCAUCCGCAAGCUGGCUGACCAGUGCACAGGGCUGCAGGGCUUCCUGGUGUUCCACAGCUUCGGGGGCGGCACCGGCUCCGGCUUCACCUCCCUGCUCAUGGAGCGGCUCUCUGUCGACUAUGGCAAGAAGUCCAAGCUGGAGUUCUCCAUCUACCCGGCCCCGCAGGUCUCCACGGCCGUGGUGGAGCCCUACAACUCCAUCCUCACCACCCACACCACCCUGGAGCACUCCGACUGCGCCUUCAUGGUGGACAACGAGGCCAUCUAUGACAUCUGCCGCCGCAACCUGGACAUCGAGAGGCCCACCUACACCAACCUCAACCGCCUCAUCAGCCAGAUCGUGUCCUCCAUCACGGCCUCGCUGCGCUUCGACGGGGCCCUGAACGUCGACCUGACGGAGUUCCAGACCAACCUGGUGCCGUACCCCCGCAUCCACUUCCCGCUGGCCACCUACGCCCCCGUCAUCUCCGCCGAGAAGGCUUAUCACGAGCAGCUGUCGGUGGCCGAGAUCACCAACGCCUGCUUCGAGCCGGCCAACCAGAUGGUGAAGUGCGACCCCCGGCACGGCAAGUACAUGGCGUGCUGCCUGCUGUACCGCGGGGACGUGGUGCCCAAGGACGUCAACGCCGCCAUCGCCACCAUCAAGACCAAGCGCACCAUCCAGUUCGUGGACUGGUGCCCCACCGGCUUCAAGGUGGGCAUCAACUACCAGCCGCCCACGGUGGUGCCCGGGGGGGACCUGGCCAAGGUGCAGAGGGCCGUGUGCAUGCUGAGCAACACCACGGCCAUCGCCGAGGCCUGGGCCCGCCUGGACCACAAGUUUGACCUGAUGUACGCCAAGCGGGCGUUCGUGCACUGGUACGUGGGGGAGGGCAUGGAGGAGGGGGAGUUCUCGGAGGCCCGGGAGGAUAUGGCUGCCCUGGAGAAGGAUUACGAGGAGGUGGGGGCUGACAGCAUGGAGGGUGAUGACGAGGGGGCGGAAUACUAGUGCCUUGUCUCUUGUGUUUCACUGUGGUGCUGUUCAUUAAAAUGGCUCUUUCCA